CGUCACAUGAUGCUUUCAAUACAGGUAGACGAGCAGGUGCACGGUGUGCGGACAGGUAGGAUACUGUUAUUGCAAUUCAUCUCAACUAACAGGAUUCACUGAUUUGAGAGGGAGCAGUCAUCCCAACUGCUCUGUAACAACAAACAAGUUUUGACAGGAGGAUGGCCAACUUCAAGGGGCAUGCCCUUCCUGGCAGCUGCUUUCUGCUGUUAGGCCUGUGUUGGUCAAUGAAGUACCCUCUCCGACACUGCUGGAGAAGGCGUCAGCCUAAAGGAAGACAAAAACUGCCCCUGUUCUUUAACAGAAUCGACUUAAUCGAGGGGGCACUCAUCAUUUUCUUAGCCUUUGUGGGCAUCAUGGCAGAGCAGUUUGUGCCCGAUGGGCCCCAUGGCCACCUGUACCUCAGAGAGACUAAGUCCUGGGUGAAGCUGAUGAACUGGCAGCACAGCACAAUGUACUUCUUCUUCGGCAUCUGGGGAAUUGUUAAAGUCCUCAGUAUGUCACCGCUUCCAGUCCCACUUGGUCUUGACCGCCUUGCUCUCUCUCUGGCUUUUUUCAUUGAAGGGUUUCUGUUUUACUUCCAUGUGCACAUGCGUCCUCCUCUGGAUACCCACAUCCACUCUCUGCUGUUUGUGGCGGUGUUUGGUGUGGCGGCCAGCACCCUGUUGGAGGUGUUCAUGCGAGAUAACAUCAUACUGGAGCUGCUCAGGGUCAGCCUAACCAUCCUGCAAGGCUCCUGGUUCUUUCAGAUUGGAUUCGUGCUGUACCCAUUAAACGGAGUACAGUGGGAUCUGACGGCACACGAAAACACAAUGUUCGUCACCAUGUGCUUCUGCUGGCAUCUAGCUGUGGCCCUGCUGAUCGUUGGCAUCAACUACUGGAUGGGCUGGUGCUGUGUACAAAGAUGUGCCGGGAAGGGAGGUGACAUAGAGAUUGGGAUGAGAAAGACAUCCAGCUCCCAGAAAGCUCUGCUACAGGAUUCCGAUGAAGAGUAAGCGGAAGGAUCAUGAAGUGUACCACAGGAGGUUGGUGGCACCUUAACUGGGGAGGACGGGCUAGUGGUAAUGGCUGGAGCAGAAUAGUAUCAAAUACACUACAUCAACACACAUGGAAGUGUUUGAUGCCAUUCCAAUAGCUACGUUCCAGCCAUUAUUGAGCCGUCCUCCCCUCACCAGCUUCCACUGGUGUGUACAGUAGUAGAUCACUGUUAUUCUAUUCUCUCCAAUAGUUUUUUUUUUGUCUGAAGUUUGAUUAACAGCUUUUUCCUGUUUGUAUCCGUGCUAGCGUGUAUAUUUGUUAUUUUGAGUGAUAUUUUUCAAUGAAAUUAUGAGAUGCAUUGUUGAGUUCAGAUUAAGGCCAAAUGAAUUGCAAAAAAAAUGAUUUACAAAUGCAUGUAAUUCAAAGUAUAAAAGCUAAUUUCUGAUUGUCAAGAUAAGUGAAAUGUACUAGCAUUCCUUUGAGGUUUCUUCCCUGAAGUGAAACAUUAACACCUGACAUUGUUACCUGACAGGGUUUCCUCUCCUCUUAAGACAGUUUAAACAUUUGCUCAUCCCGCCUGUGGCUAUAGAGCAACACACUUCCUUCCAUCCUGAAAAAACAGAAUGUCUAAUGGAUUACCAAAGAUAAUACACUGAACAAAAAUAGAAACGCAACAUGUAAAGUGUUGAUCCUAUGUUUCCAAUCUGAAUGUGUGGCAUAUCAAGAAGCUGAUUAAACAGCAUGAUCAUUAUACAGGUGCACCUUGUGCUGGGGACUAUAAAAGGCCACUCUAAAAUGUGCAGUUUUGUCACACAACACAAUGGCACAGAUGUCUCAUGUUUUGAGGCAGGGUGCAAUUGGCAUUCUGACUGCAGGAAUGUCCAUCAGAGCUGUCGCCAGAUAAUUACAUUUUUAUUUCUCUACCAGAAGCAGCCUCCAAAGUCAUUUUAGAGAAUUUGUCAGAACGUCCAACUGGCCUCACACAGACCACGUGCAUGGGCUUGCGUGGGUGAGCGGUUUGCUGAUGUCAACGUUGUAAACAGAGUGCCCCG